CAAUGUGCAAGUACCUUGUUUUGCUAAAGUCUAUCCUGUUAUUUGCCGGUGGGUUGACUUAAAGUCGAUUGGAUAAGUCGAAUGCUUAGUGAUUUGUAUAUUGAAAGUGAGAAAACAAACGUGUUCUUUGUUUGUUAUUAGAAUCUCAGGAUAUAAGGUUUUUUUGAAUCGAACCAAAUUUCCCAGAGAUGGAACAAACAGUCUACGAAGAGAGCCCAAUCCAACAGCUAUACAAGUUCCGUAACUUGGCUUCUAAUCCAAAUGAUCCAAAUGACAUUAGUAUACCUGCCACACCUGAGACUAGAAGCGUAACUGACAAAAACUAUACAAUUGUGUUUGCCAUUGGUUUGAUUAUUUUGAUACCCUUUCUUGGUUACACGUUAGCGCAUUCAGAUAUAAACAAUUUGGCGGAUCAUGAUGGUUGUGGUAACUUAUGUGGCCAGGAAAACAAGAAAUAUGACGAGUGGAAUUGCACAGGACAGGAUUUCAGGAAUAAGAAAUGGUUGGCUAUGACCUUCAAUGGCAACGAAUGUACUGAUACCUGCAAAAAAGAUUAUUUUGGAUGUUUUUCGGAGAAAGAGGUUUUCGACCCUGUUGAGAAGUUCAAGAAAUUUUUGAAUGGUAUAGAAGAAGGGACAUGGAUCAUAAUGACAUCAUUAGUGACAUGCAGUGCAUUAUGUUUGGUUAUGCUCCUUCUUUUCAAGUAUGCUGUUGAUUUCACGGUUUGGUUUCUUCUCAUAGGUGGUAUGGGUGUAACUGCAAUUGGAGCAUGUUUGUCUUGGGGACAAUAUCGAAGAUACGCUACCUAUAACGGAGACAGUAAGAAGGCAAAAAAAUAUUUCGAGUUGGCAUUAACUUUAGGACUUAUAACGGUUGGAAUGGUAAUUCUUUUAAUUUGUUUCAUCAAGAGGGUGAAACUGGUCAUUCAACUGUUUAAAGAAUCAGCCAAAGCUAUUUUUGAGAUUCCUGGUAUGAUUUAUUUACCCUUUCUGACAUUUGUUCCUGUGAUUCUGUCUCUGGUCCUUUAUACUGUUCUAUGCUUUUACAUGUACACGGCCAGAACAUUACAACAAGUCGGUAGCAACUUAGAGUAUGAUUUUGAUGGAGCUAUGGUUUUCACGCUUAUCUUAAAUUUUUUCAUGUUCAUUUGGAUUGCAUUGUUCAUGUAUGGAGCACAAUAUAUGAUCAUUUCUGGAGCAGUUUCUGCUUGGUUUUUCACCAGAGACAAAAAUUACUUGGACAGACCAUUGAGGACUUCUUUCAUGGUCUUUGUAAAAUAUCAUUUGGGUACAGUAUUCCUUGGAUCCUUGAUAAUAGCAAUUGUUACAUUCAUCAAGGCGAUUUUGAGGAGCUUGUCGUCGAAUAACAGAACUCGUUGGAUUGUUGAAUGCUGCUGCAACGAAAUUCUUGCAUUCUUGAAACUGUUCUCCAAAAAUGCUUACGUUCAAACAGCGAUGCAUGGCCAGCCUUUCUUCAAAUCUGGUGGACGAGCAGUGAGUUUGCUGGUCUCCAACGUUGAGAAUGUCAUCGCCAUCAACUCCAUUGGUGACUUCAUCCUUGCUAUAGCUCAGGUUUUGAUUGUUGUUAUCAAUAGUCUCCUAAGCUAUCAGAUCGCUAAGGCAUCAGAGAACGAGAACUUGGCUGGCAUUUUCAUAAUUUGUUUGAUUUUCAACAUUUUUAUGGUUAUAACAUUCUUUGCCAUAUUCGAAGCUACCAUAGAUUCAAUGUUCAUGUGCUUCUGCGAAGAUUCGCUGAUCAAUGAUGGUAUGUCCAGGCCAUACUACAUGACCAAAGGACUACGUCAAUUAAUCGAAAAUAGUAAGGCUGUUUUUCAAUAGAUUAACUAGACAGGAAACAAUGUUUUAAUUUUUUUAUAUCCAUUUACCAAAUGUUGAAUAUUUUUACAUCAGUACAGUGUAUUUCUGUGAAUAAAAAUCUUUUAACUUAA